GUGAUUCCACCUGCUGUGUAUCUGAGGGUGACGGAGAAUGUUCAUCAUAUUGUUGCGUUCAUUGAGAGGAUCAUCAAAAAUGGACAUGCCUACACUACAAAAGAAGGUGAUGUAUACUUUGACAUCCAGUCUAUCGGUGACAGAUACGGGAAGUUUGUUGGGGCUUCUGGUCCUCCAGUAGAGCAAAGCAGCUCGGAUAAACGAGAUCCAAGGGAUUUUGCUUUGUGGAAGCACUCCAAACCUCAGGAGCCAUACUGGGAGUCUCCAUGGGGCAGAGGGAGACCUGGCUGGCACAUUGAAUGCUCCACUAUUGCUAGCUGCGUGUUUGGGGCUCAGCUGGAUCUCCACUCCGGAGGCAUCGAUCUGGCCUUCCCUCACCACGAGAACGAGGUCGCUCAGAGCGAAGCCCACCACCAGUGCAGGCAGUGGGCCAACUACUUCCUCCACUCCGGUCACCUACACCUCAAAGGAAGUGCAGAGAAAAUGUCCAAAUCUCUGAAGAACUACGUCACCAUCAAGGACUUCCUGCAGUCUCACUCUGCCAAUGAGUUCCGGAUGUUUUGUCUUUUGUCCAAGUACAGAUCCGCCAUAGAUUACAGUGACGGCAGCAUGCUGGAGGCUCGCAGCACUCUGGAGACCGUGUGCAACUUCAUGGAAGCUGCUCGGGCCUACAUGAAGGGCCAGAUGCUCACAGCUCCAGUGCAGGAGGCUGUCCUGUGGGAAAGGCUGGCUGAGGGGAAAUCCACCGUGCUGAAGUCUCUGGCAGAUGACUUCGACACACCGAGAGCCAUCAGUGCUCUGAUGGAUCUGGUCUAUCAUGGAAACUGUCAGCUCCAGCCUGUUGCUACGUCUGACGGAGUGGUCCGGAGCCCUGCAGUGUUCGGAGCCAUGAUCUCCUACAUCAGAGAAGUCCUGGACAUGUUGGGGAUCGACCUGCUUCACAGUCGGGAGGCUGAGGUUUCGAGCAGUUGUGGAGUGCUAAGGCCCGUCGUGGAACAGCUGACCCGAUUCAGGAGUGAAGUCCGAGCAUUCGCACUUACUCGUCAGGAUGAUCCAAGCUGUGCCAAACCAGGACGUCACCCGGACAGAAUCCCCCUCCUCCGAGCCUGUGACGCCCUCAGAGAUGACCUGGCACCUUUGGGUGUUGUAAUAAAGGACAGAGGAGCCUCGUCCACAUGGGAGAUCAAAGUGGGUCAGACGAGACCCAAAGUCCACCAUGAAGACCAGGAGACGGGAAGCUGAAACCGUCUCAACGGACUCGGGUCAAAGACUUAAAAAGAACAGAACCCGUCAGGGUGUCAGGAGAACCGAA